AUGGUUCUCAGCAACUCUGCCAUCAUUGUCAUCGUCCUGGUCGGUUGCCUGGCCGCUACCGCUCUGGGCGCAGCACUCUUCAUCCACUAUAACCCCGCCAAUGAAUCCCGCUUCAGCCCAAACCACGAGCAGCACCAAUACAUGCGGCAAGUUCGCGCGCGGAACUACAGCCACCUGCGGCAGGAAUCCAUGGGCGGUCGGGUUGAUCUCGAGUCCCGAUUUACAUCGGAGGAAGCGUCGGCCUACAUCCACCCUCAACCCCACUCGCCCCGCGAGUAG